CCCUCUAGCCAUCCCGUGCGAGGCCAGCUGUCAGUGUACCCGACUUUCAUUCAUUUUCCUCGGCGCUGUUAGUUUUCCUCGCCGCUUCAAUCAUGUUGGAGGAGGCGAGCGAAGUGUUCGACAACAUGUUUAAGUCCUCUUUCCCGCUGACUUUGACGUUUAUAGUGUUUUUACCGGCCGUUCUGAUCCUCGUCUCUCCGCUUCCAGCAGAGGCGGCGCACGAGUUCACGGUUUACCGAAUGCAGCAGUACGACCUGCAGGGGCAAAACUACGGUUCAAGAAAUGCGAUUUUGAACACGGAAGCUCGUACUGUGGAGGCGGAGGUGCUGAGCCGUCGCUGUGUGAUGAUGCGACUAGCUGACUUCUCUUAUGAAAAAUAUCAGAAAGCUCUUCGGCAGUCUGCCGGAGCAGUCGUCAUCAUCCUCCCUAAGAACAUGUCCACUAUGCCACAGGACAUCGUACAGUUUAUGGAGCUGGAGCCGGAGCUUCUGGCCACAGAGACCAUCGUUCCUGUCUACUUUGCGAUGGAGGAUGAUGAACUGCUGUCCAUAUACACGCAGACCCAGGUGUCGUCCUCCUCUCAGGGGUCUUCAUCUGCGGCUGAAGUGCUGCUGCACUCAGCCACCGCCAAUGGGUUUCAGAUGGUGACGAGUGGUGCUCAGAGUAAAGCUGUGAGCGACUGGGCCAUCACCAGCCUAGAGGGAAGGCUAGCGGGAGUAGGAGGAGAGGAUUUGCCUACUAUUGUGGUAGUUGCUCACUACGACUCCUUUGGAGUGGCUCCGUGGUUGUCGUACGGUGCUGACUCUAACGGCAGUGGAGUGGCCGUGCUGCUCGAGCUUGCCCGACUCUUCUCCAGACUCUACUCCCACAAAAGGACUCAGGCUGGGUAUAACCUGCUGUUUUUCCUUUCGGGAGGAGGAAAGUUUAACUAUCAGGGAACCAAACGCUGGUUGGAGGAUAAUCUAGACCACACAGAGUCCAGUCUCCUGCAGGACAAUGUGGCGUUUGUGUUGUGUCUGGACACGUUGGGUAACGGAGACAGUCUUCACCUGCACGUCUCUAAACCACCUAAAGAAGGCAGCCCACAGCACGCUCUGCUCAAAGAGCUUCAGACGGUUGUCUCUGAGCAGUACCCGGAUGUGAAGUUCUCCAUGGUGCACAAGAAGAUUAACCUGGCGGACGAUACUCUGGCCUGGGAGCACGAGCGCUUCGGUAUCCGCCGCCUGCCAGCCUUCACUCUGUCUCACCUGGAGAGCCACCGCAGUGCCGCGAGAAACUCCAUCAUGGACAUGCGGUCAGUGUCCUCCUCUCUGGAUGGGGCGGGAGAGGCCACCGCUGGGCCUCACGUCGAUCUUAAGAAGCUCAGUCGGAACACCAAGCUGAUCGCAGAGGCUCUGGCGAGGGUCAUCUACAACUUGACCGAGAAGGGAACCAAUGGAGAUUUGGAGAUCUUUACUCAGCAGAUGCAGGUACAGGAGGAGCAGCUGGCCUCACUGGUGGACUGGCUGACCACCCAGCCUCGUGCUGCUCAGCUGGUGGACAAGGACAGUACUGUGGUCAGCACCCUGGAAUACUACCUGGGACGCUACUUGAAGGAUGUCAAGAGGCAUUUUGUCAGAGCUGACAAGAGGGAUCCAGAGUUUGUCUUCUAUGAUCAGCUCAAACAAACUAUGAAUGCUUACAGAGUAAAACCAGCUAUCUUUGACCUGCUGCUGGCGCUGUGCAUAGCUGCCUACCUUGGAGUGGUAUAUUUGGCUGUCCAGCAUUUCGGGGUUCUGUACAGUGUCCUCCGCCGGGUCACGGCACCACGAGCCAAGCAGCACUAAACAGCUCCAACUCUCCUCAUCCCUGCAAUAUGAGGGUCUCUCUGGAGUCCCAUGGUGGAGCCAAGAGUGUGUUCUUCUCUCAAAUCUGCUAAUCUCUUUCUUUCUUUUUCUUUUUUUUUCCCGGAAGUGGAACUUGAUUUUCCCUGCCAAGUGUGUCGUUCACCGCUCCUCCACUGGCCGGCGCUGGUCAGGAGCAGCCUUUUAAAGUCUUCCUUUUCUCUCUAACACUGCCUCACUCCCACAUCCCACAGUCUAACGCUAAAGUGUUCCUCUCAGCAGUAGGGCUUGCAUGAUCUCUGCUAAGCAACAGUGGGUCGUCUUCUUGGGCAGCUAAGUCAAAGUGGGCCAAAUCACAGCUGGUGAAGUUCAAGUGUUUACUAGCUGGAGAAAGCUGUUCAUCAAGCUUGUUCGGUUAAGAGACAGCUCAGGUCUGAUGCUAGUGUAAUUCCUCAUGUCCAGGAUUCCCUCUUUGGCCUUGAAUAGUACAGAUGACAAGUUUCUAGCUCUGAUGUAAUUGGACAUGCACAAUCUGUAAUAUCAGUGGCUUGAAAAAUAUUAAGUUACAUGAUUUUGACAUUCGUUUUUUUUCCCCUUAGAAUGUUGUCUUAAUAAACGAAGAACCAGAGUAUUAAUUUCCUUUCCUUCUAACAACAUAAUCCCUUGACCAUUUCAUUACACGUUUCCACAAUCCUCAAUAGCCAUAAUUUUGUCUGUUUCAUCUGAAAUGAACAAUAUACCUCUUCCAUACUUUCCCCAGUUCCAUUCUGCGUGAGAGCCAGUCACUUUCAAGACACACCAUUAAGUGAGAGCGAAACCGUUGGUGGUACAAGUCUUUCCUGUUAUUUAUGGAAGCGAAUGCUUCACUUUGCACUGAUUUUAAAUGGUUCCUUUGGUUUUUCCGAGAUUAACGCAUCUACGUUUUAUGAAGUGUGUGAGCCUGAUCUAUGAAAACUUGACUCUUGCACCAAACAAAAUAAAUCACUAAAAAUAAAAGACAAAUUGAAAAAUAAACUUCUUUGUUGAAAUACA